AUGGAAGACUCAAGAAUAGCUAAUUUGAAACGGCCAUCGAGACUGGAUCUGCUGGAUAACAACUUCACGAGUUUCCCGCUGGCUCAUCCAAUUUCAAGCUCACCCAUACCCACCAAGACUGUCACUCUGGCCAGAACCCCAAUUUCAAGAUCCGUGACUGUGAGCCAGGAAGACCUCACGUUUGAGGAUUUGACGUUGGAGCAAAUAGUUCUCGUGGAGGACUACAUAGAAGAGAAAAAUCUCAAAUCGAAAAAGAAGUCGGUAUAUGACUUGAAGAGCGAGGGAGCUCUGCCCAACUUGACAACCUCCACCAAAUCCACAUCCACCUUUUCUGACGACCACCACUACGAAGGACUCAAAUACUGCGUUUUAUGCGAAAAGCCCCUUUACGAACUGAGCAGUUUCAUACCCGAAGGCAAAGAUUUCAAGGAGCUCGUUUGUUCCAGCUGUAUUCUACAAUAUGAGCAGAUCUCCAACAUGCUGGUGUCCGAGGAGAUUGGAGACGAUGAUGAAUCCACCAUAGACACUUCUUUCCACACCGUACGAUUCAAGCCGAGCUCGGAGUAUUUAUUUGAUUCUCUUAUUCAAGAUCUCAGAACGUUACAAAGUCAGGACCAACAACGCAAACUGCGAUCGCAGAAAUCAAUGCUAUUCCCCAUGAUAUCCGAAUCUCUAUGGCUGAGAGUGGUUAAGUUCUUCAAAUGGUCCUGA